UCGCAUCGCCGCCCGCAUGCCAACCACGCGCCGCAUACGCACCCUGCGGUGGUUCCGUACGCGCCGCUCCCCCAACCCCGAAGAGCUCGAUGACGUCCGCCCGAGAACCCUACCGCGCCACGACAUGGAUCGCAGGCCCCGUGUCGCCAGAGUGCUCAGCUCACCAGCCCGCGCCCAGCAUCAGACGAGCCCGCCCAUCGAUGAGGAGUCUCUCGAACGCGCCUACCCUUCCAUGGGUCAUCUCGAGUACGUACUCGCUGGUUCCUCGCCCCCAGCAGAGAGUGCCCCCAAUAUGUACGACAGCUUCGAGGAACCACCACUCGAUCUAACUGCGCAUAUAUGCGAUGACUCGCUGCGCCAAAGCGCACACGAACAAAUGCGUGCGGUCGGUGGAAGAUUACGACUAUUAGACGAAUUAGAAACUGGGGUUAUAACUACUGAGACGGCAGCGGAUACUUUUGCAUCAGUGUCCGAAGCAGAGAGGAAUGUGUGCUUAUUUUGGACAGCAUUCCUCAAACUUGCUAACCUGUUGCCCCCUCUGGUGGACGCCGGCGCAGACCCGUUAUAUUAUGACGCGCUCGGGCUAUCGUCGUUACACGUCGCAGCAUUCAGCGGAUCAACGGAAUGUGCAAAUUACUUGCUAUCUCGCGGAGUUGACCCCAAUUAUAUGCCUAGAUGCUUCGUGCCUCUUCAUUGUGCCGCCUUCGGUAAUUCAGUGCAGGUGGCAAAUGUGUUAAUCAGCAGGGGUGCGUCAGUUCAUGCGGCAGUGAAAUAUGUUAACUGUGAAGGUGGUUUGCUUCACUGCGCUGUUAGAGCUAACUCUGUGGAAUGUCUAAAGUUGUUCAUAUCUCACGGUGUCGACGUAAAUUUGAUUGAACCGGGUGGUACCAACGCUAUUCACUUAGCGGCUGAUUUGGGCAUGAUUCAAUGUCUCACAAUACUUUUAGACACACCCGGUGCUGACCCAAACGUCAGAACUAGGGUAGGAGAUCGCGAAUCAACAGCAUUACAUCUAGCUGCCGAUGGAGGUUUUAUUGAUUGUGUUGAUUUAUUGUUAGCAAAAGGCGCCGAGGCUACUUUGAAAAACCAUAGAGGAUUUACUGCUUUGCAUUUAGCAGCUCGAUCAUCUAGCUUGGAAUGCGUAGAGUCUUUACUCCGAAAGGGACACGCUGAACCUAACGCUAAAGAUUUUGAUAUGAGAACACCCCUCCAUGCUGCUAUAGGUAAAUCAGAUAGUGCUUGUGAUAUUAUCGAAACCUUGAUAAGUUGGGGUGCUAAUGUAAAUCAGAAGGAUGAGUACGGCUUUACACCACUGCAUUUAGCUGCACUUGAUGGAUUAUCCGCUUGUGUAGAGACAUUAAUUUAUCACGGCGCUGAUGUAACGACAAGAUCUAAAAAGGGAAAUUCGGCACUCAAUGUAAUUGCACGAAAAACGCCUGCAUCUCUUGCAAUGAUAACUAGGAAAUUGGAUUGUGCAAUCACACUACAUCACUCCCAAACCAGCAACAGAGAAGUCGAACUCGAGCUUGAUUUCAGAAGCAUACUUCAACAUUGCUAUCCACGUGAAAUAAGUUAUCUGAAUACGUUCGUUGAUGAAGGUCAAAAAGAAGUUCUUCUUCAUCCGUUAUGUUCUGCGUUUUUAUAUAUAAAAUGGGAAAAAAUUCGCAAAUAUUAUGUUGCCCGACUAUUUCUUAGCUUCAUUUUCGUUCUUUGUCUCACAUUAUACGUAUUAACUGCUCUUGCCCACAAUUGUUAUAAUGGCAGCAAAGACAUGGAAGAAACUAUACAAGAACAAGAAUUAUGUCAAAAACAGUCUAUACUUGGCGAUUUAUUGAGAAAAAAUCCUUUUGUUAUAGAAAUGCAAUGGUGGGUAUUGGCCGGAAUCACAAUUUUUGAGAUAUUUCGCAAAGUAUAUGGUAUCGCUGGAUAUUCUACGGUGAAACAAUAUCUAACGCAGUCUGAAAAUAUCAUUGAAUGGUUUGUGAUUGUGAGUGUUUUUCUGAUAUCGUAUAUAUACACAAAUAUUACUUAUACAUGGCAAAAUCACGUCGGUGCAUUUGCUGUGCUCGCCGGAUGGACUAAUUUAAUGAUGAUGAUUGGCCAACUACCAGUUUUUGGAACAUAUGUAGCCAUGUAUCAGAAAGUACAGAAAGAAUUCGCUAAACUACUAAUGGCCUAUUCUUGCAUCCUGAUUGGUUUCACAAUAAGCUUCUGCGUCAUAUUUCCUGAUUCGUCAUCAUUCGCUAAUCCGUUUAUGGGUUUUAUAACGGUCCUCACAAUGAUGAUCGGAGAAUUGAACUUGGAUUUACUAUUGAACGAGCCGGAUGGUAACGAUCCGCCUGUACUAUUAGAGUUCUCCGCUCAAAUAACCUAUGUGCUGUUUCUUAUGUUCGUCACUGUGGUACUCAUGAAUUUACUCGUCGGCAUAGCUGUCCAUGAUAUUCAAGGUUUAAGAAAAACAGCAGGUCUUUCCAAACUUGUUCGUCAGACGAAAUUAAUAUCAUACAUGGAACUGGCUCUCUUUAAUGGAUAUCUACCGAAAUGUCUGUUAAAAAUAUUACAUUCGUCAGCACUGGUCUCUCCACAAGCUUAUAGAGUGGUACUAAGUGUCAAACCGUUGAAUCCGAGUGAAAAAAGAUUACCCCGAGACAUAAUGAUGGCGGCCUACGAUAUAGCGAAAAUGAGAAAGCAGUACGGACAUACUAUUUCUUCCAGUGGUUCUACUACAGGAGCGUAUUCAUGUUUCAAAAAGUACGAAAACCACAACGAUUCGGGGUACAGAGAAUACGGCUAUUCAUCAGCAUUAGGAAGUCUACAGGCGAGACUAGACGAGACGUCAGAAAAUGUACGCCAAUUGACUCAGGAAGUGAGGGAAUUAAAGAAGCUAAUAAGUGCCCAGCAGCUCGUGAUACAACAAGCACUGGCCGGCGCGAUGGACAACCGUUGAUGAUAUAAUGGCCGACGGAAUCAUUUAGUUUCAAUGCCAACGGUACACAAGUCAAUAAACUAUAGCGAGCAUGCAUUGUCGAACAUUUGUACUCGUUUAAAACCUAUUGUGGACAGUGGGGACUUAAAAUUCUGCGGUGAUAUUUUUUUGCUUUAUAUUUACAUUAUAUAGAUAUAAAAAAAUAGAUAAGUUUAUAUAUUAUUCGACUAGACGAACAUUAUUCUGUCAAUUAUUGUUUAGUAACGCAGGCCGUACUGAACAUUUAAUUGUAUGCUUAGUUUUAAACAAAUAGGUACUACAUAGUAUUACACACAAUGUAAUGUUUCUUUCUAUUGU